AUGGCUCCUCAAGUCAUCAACAAGGUCCUCAUUGCCAAUCGUGGUGAAAUUGCAUGUCGUGUCAUUCGCACAUGCCGUCGCAUGGGCAUUGCUACAGUGGCUGUCUAUUCUGACAGUGAUGAGAAUGCUCCCUUUGUGCGUCUUGCUGAUGAAGCCUACCAUUUGGGUCCAUCCGUUGCAGCAGAAUCCUAUCUCGACGGUGACAAGAUCAUUGCACUAACACAACGUUCGGGUGCCGAUUCCAUUCAUCCUGGCUAUGGUUUCUUGUCCGAGAAUGCUGAUUUCGCUCAAAAGGUGCUUGAAGCUGGCAUCAACUUUAUUGGUCCCACGCCUGAUUCCAUUCGAGCCAUUGGUGACAAGAGUGCCGCCAAAAACUUUAUCAAAGCACAUGCACCUACUAUCCCCCUUAUCCCUGGAUACAAUGGCGAUGAUCAAAGUGUUGAACGUCUCGAACAAGAAGCUAAGCGCAUUGAAUUCCCUGUUCUUCUCAAGGCUUCUGCUGGUGGUGGUGGUCGUGGUAUGCGUGCUGUUUAUGAUACCAGCAAGUUACGUGAAGAGAUUGAAGCAGCUAAGGGUGAAUCGUUGCGUUCUUUUGGAUCGGAUAAGCUAUUGAUUGAGAAAUACUUUGAAAGUAUUCGCCAUGUUGAGAUCCAAGUUUUUGGUGACAAAUAUGGAAAUGUAUACCACAUCAAUGAACGUGAUUGCUCAGUCCAGCGUAGACAUCAAAAAGUUGUCGAAGAAACGCCAUCACCUGCCGUGGACCCUGAAUUGCGUAAGGCCAUGACCGGUGCUGCUGUUGAGUUGUGUCGCAAACUUGGUUACCUCGGUGCUGGUACCGCCGAAUUCAUUUUGGAUGAGAAAACCAAAAAGUUUUACUUCUUGGAGCUUAAUACGCGCUUGCAAGUCGAACAUCCCAUUACUGAAUGUAUCUCAGGCUUGGAUCUUGUUGAAUUGCAAUUAUUGGUUGCUCAGGGUGUAAACCUCAAGGAGCUUGGUGUUCUUGAGAACAUCCCAUUCAAGGGCCAUGCCAUUGAAGUGCGUUUGUGCGCCGAGGAUCCAGACAAUGAGUUUAGCCCUCGUACAGGUCUCAUUCGCAAAUGGAGUCCUGCUACUGGUCUUCCUGGUGUACGUUUUGAUACGGGUGUUGAGGAUGGAUCCGAGAUCACCGUGUUCUAUGAUUCGAUGAUUGCCAAGAUCAUUGUUCAUGCUCCUACACGUGCUGAAGCAGUUCGCCGCAUGUCUGCAGCCUUGGCCCGUACGGUGAUUUUGGGUGUUACUACGAAUCAAAAGUUCCUAUUGAGUAUCAUGAACAAUGCACGCUUCCAAUCUGGCACCUUUGAUACCAACUUUAUCCCAUUGGAACGUGAGCAGUUAUUCCCCAAGCGUCAAUUGGCCGAUGUACAAGGUAGCGUGGUGGCCGCCACAUUAUUCCAAUGGAUCGUCCAAAAGUCGCAACGCGUUCAUUUGCGCAAUAUUCAACCCAACUGGCGCAAUGUCAAGUGGCGAGUGCCUAGCAAGAAAUACACUGUCAACAACCAAGAGCAAGUAGAGAUCCAAUACAAUUAUCAGGGACAACAACAAAAGUCGCAUCAAUUCCAAUGCAAGCUAUCCGAGGAAAAAAAUGAAGGCCCUGGUCUUCAAGUUGUGUUGUAUGAUGCACAAUAUGGCACUGCAGUUCCCGGUCCCGAGGGGGUACAAGGAUGUGCUGGGUUGGUGCGUUGCAGCAUCGAUGGUAGUCAACGCUAUUUUUACGUGGCAGAGCACAUUCAAGACAUCAAUGAAAAGAUCUACUUUGUGCAUGACUUUGUUCAAGGUUAUCCUGUCGAGCUAGCCAAGUUUGACCGUUUGCAGACAUCUGAUGCACAAGCUGAAGAUGAUCGAGUGACACCUUAUACAUCAUCCAUGCCAUGCCGUAUUCUUAAAAUCUUGGCUCCCAGUGGCACCGUGGUCAAAAAGAACGAUCCAUUGUUGUCGAUUGAAUCGAUGAAGACCGAGGUCAAGCUUCUCAGUCGUCAUGAAGGCGUCGUAACUAUGCGUGUCGAAGAGAAUCAAUUGGUAGAUGCACGUGUACUCUUGUGUCAGGUUGAUGAAGUAAAGAAGUAA